AUGAAACGGAAGGCCGAAAAGCAGCAAGCAGGUGCUCCUCAAAGCGCUUUCGCGGCCUUUGCUGCACGCAAAGCUCGCCAGCAACAAGCGCUAGAACAAGUCGUACCAAAAGAGACACCUCAAGUUGCAGUCUCGAAUGAGCCACUUUUGAAGAAGCCGCGACGAUCACUUGAAGUAGCCGAGGCUGAACAACUUGGGGAGCAUCGCCCACGAACAAGGGCCGCAAAGAAACAAGAUGAGCCAUUGCCUGCGGAUAAAACACCAGAAAAAACGACAAGAGUUACCCGGUCCCAUAAGUCUGAAACUCAACCGGAGCUGGAGAAUGAUUCGGAGGAAUCAGAAGCUGGGUCUGAGCAAGAGGAUGUCGCAAAUGCAGAUGAAACAGAUGAGGACGAAGUUGCAGCUGUCGCAAGUGAUGUUGACGACUGUGAAACGCCAGCGGAGACUCCGGCAGAGCUUCAAAAUUUCCCUCUUUCAAAGGCUCGUUUGAACAAAAGCAACAUCGUAUACAGUGAUGAUAACACUCUCUGCGUCCGUAUCAAGGAAAGAACAAACUUGGCAUUGAUUGGUCAAUAUGACCUUUGGGUUAAAAGAGGCGUUGUCAGUCUGAUGGGUGCGAAAUUGCACCCAUCCGCAGAAGUGCAUAGAGUCUAUGCGCCUUCGACACACUCCUUGCCGGUUAUUAAAUGUGUAUCUGGUCCUGAUGGCGAAGCUGAGGUCGAAAUUAAGUCUUGCAGCAGCGGUAUCGCACGUCUUCGGGACCUAUCCCCUCUGUAUCAAAAGAUCUGGGCUGGUCAGAGCACUACUGCAGAUAAAAUUUCUUUGAAGGGAGCUGGGAAAAAUUCGAAGCGAACCUUCUCAGUUUUAUACACAUCGUCAGAUGAUACGUUGAACAGACAUCUUCGGCCCCUUCAUCUCGACAAGAAGUGGAGUGCCUCGAUGAAAGCCCUUUCACAACGCCAAAGCAGACUUCGUGUUUUGGUAUGUGGUCCUAAAGCAUCUGGAAAAUCUACUUUCAGUCGCUACCUGUUGAACCAUGUUCUCAGCGCUGCGCCUGAAGUCGAAACUGGCUUCACAAAUACGGACGGUGUUGCUUUCCUGGAUCUGGAUCCAGGUCAGCCUGAAUUUGCGCCUAUGGGUCAAGUUUACCUUGCACGCGUGCGCUCUCCAUUCUUUGGCCCACCUUUCACCCAUCCUUCGCUUGACGAAUCCCGCGAUGGGGAAAUGGUGCGAGCGCAUCAUAUCGGUGCAACGUCGCCCAAGGAAGACCCUGACCAUUAUGCUAUGGCUGUCAUGGAUCUGAUGGAUCAUUACCGCGCCUUGCUAGACAAGUAUCCUCGGUGCCCUCUGAUUAUCAAUUAUCCUGGUUGGAUCUUUGGUCAAGGACUGGAGGUUGCAACGUGGUUGGUAAGAUCUCUCGGUCUUUCCGACGUAGUUUACAUGAGCGAAAAGGGCCCAUCAGAGGUCGUGGAUCCUUUGGCUCUGGCUGCCCGUGAAGCCCGCGUCCCCAUGACCAUUCUUCCUUCGCAGCCCACCGACUUUGUGAGCCGUUCAAGCGCCCAACUGCGCGCAAUGCAAAUUCAGUCAUAUUUCCACAUGUCGCACCCGACUGAUCUCACCACCCCAUUAUGGACAGAUGGACCUCUCUCUCGUACCAGACCUAUCACUGUGGACUACGCCGGCGCGCGGCAGGGAAUCGCCGGUAUCAUGGUUAUGGGAUCACAAAUCAAUCCUGAUCUCCUGCAAGAAACUCUCGAAGGAGCUAUUGUAGGUAUUGUGGCAGUGGAAUCGCCGGGCGCCCUCACGGGUCAGAUUGCAGAACCCAAGGUCUCGAAUGAUCCCGACAUGGACAUGGAUGAAGAGAACCCAGGCUUGGGGGAUUCAAUCCAGGCUGCCGCAUCUGAAAGCGUUGUGCGAACACGCGAAGAUCUUCCAUACCUUUUUAUUGGAUCUGGCAGUUGCACUCCGUUGGAUCCAAGAUCGUCGCAUUGUCUCGGUCUAGCUUUGGUCCGCUCGAUCAAUACCUCCACACAAAAGCUUGAAAUCUCCACUCCUAUUCCUUCUUCCCUCCUUGAGAACUCCAUCCAGAAAGGUCAUGGCCUUGUGCUGGUUCGUGGUCAAAUUGAUAACCCGAAUUGGGCCAUCAGUGAAGAAUACUAUGCCGCUCGUGCGGCGGAACGUCGCUACCAACAAUCAACAUCCCAGUCACGCAAGUCGGGAGACCCUACUAAUGAAAGCGAUCCAGAACAUAACCGCACCCUUGCACUUUUGCGCGAUAGGAUACGCAGAGCCAGCAACGUGCCCUGGAUGACCGUUGUGGAAGACAAUAGUCGUCACCAACGCGAAGCUGCUGCUCGAGAAAAGUCAUUGUGGAAGUUAAGAAAGAAGGCCUAUCCCGCCAGUGACAGCGAACAAGAGUGGUAG